AGCUCGAUGACCUCUGCCGCGGCGACGGGUGACCGGCUCUGCCAGAUGGAGGCCAUGGACGGGGCGGCGCGGUGCCUCGAGUUCUUGCGGCUCCAGCACAAGAUCUGCAACUGCAAGCCCCUCGAGUUCAACACGAGGCUGCACGAGGUGGCCUCGAGCGUCGGUGCCAAGCUGCUCAUGAGGACGGUGCGCUGGAGGCUGGCGCGGAUCUACGGCUCGUUGGGAGACGAGGAGCAGAGGGUCCACUACGAGCGCACGGCCAGUUCGCUCGAGGAGGACCUUGAGUUGCGCUGCGGUGGCUGCAACGAGCCCUUCGGCCUCGAGCCCGACUCCCUCGAGGCCCUGCCCUGCAGCCACAUUCUGCACGCCAGGUGCGCGUACGACAUUCUAAAGAAGCGCGACAAGAAGAAGAAGCGCACCUGCCCAGACUGCCACAAGUCGGUGAGCUCGCGGCUGUACCUCCACUGCGACGACACCCACGACAUCAACCCGCUGAAUCACAGUUCCUUGAGCCUCGCGUCGCUAAAAGCCAGCAGUCUCGCGACCCUCGAGGAUUGCCACGCCACGAGCAGCGUUUAAUCAACUCGCCCUCCUUUUUUUCCUUUCUCUUCUUUUCUUUUUCGUCAUUUCAUUCUUCGAGGCCAACUUUGUCGACGAUCUACCGCCGGGACGACACGCAAGGCUCUCUCGGGACUUUACGGUUCUUUCAUUAUUCCAGAGAGUUAUGGAAUCCCGCCGAGGACGAGCUGCUUCUUUAGCCAAGGUUACGCGGGACGCGUGCAUUUUUGACCAGAUUAAAGCUGAUGGAAUAACUUUCGUGGUAGAAUUGGCUUUGCGGCGCCCGCGUGGGCGGUACAAUGUACGUCUCGCCUGAAGGAGCGUGGAAUUUCGGUGCAUGAAAAUUCUCUGGUUGGACCGAACAUGUAUACCGUCAAAGAUAACUAGAGUAUUUUUUUUUUUUUUUUUGCUUUCCUCGUGAUAAAUGUAUAUGAAAAAGCAUCGAGCGCGCGUGGCUAUUUCAACGGGAUUAUUUUGAUCCAAUAGAGAAAAAGAUCAUCGAGGGGUGGGAAAAAUUUUUCGCUCCGUUGUUAAUAUUUGUUGGGUAUUAAAUUCAAUAGACGUUUCGAAACGUGCCAAUGUGAAACAUGAAAAUUUGCCAAACUUGUACUACAGAGCACUGUAACUUUGCAUUUAACGUAUGCAAGUGGUGCUGUAUAUAUUUUAUUUUGCGAAAAAUACACAACCAUGUUCGGACAAUUUUUGUUGUUGUUUUGGUCAUUUGUGACGAAUUUGUUAUUUGACGCGAGCAGCAGUUGUACCUAUGGUAAUAAUUCAAACAAUUUAUUAAUCGAAAAACGAAAAAAGUGUUAAAAAAAGACAGAUCGUUACUUUACAAGAAAAACCGCAGGCAUUCCACGAAAAUAUAUACGUGUACAUGUAUAAAAGCAUAAUGUGAGGUGCACGCGAGUGCUCAAAUACAUAUAUAUAUAUAUCUAGAUGUAUAUAAAUAUUUUUUACACACGAUAACAUUGAUUGUAAAGCUAAGAAAUGGUUAAAGAAAAAAAGGUAUAUUAAAUAAAUUUUAAAAAAUAAAUAAAAAUAAACGAUGCGGAAGACACACGUUAAUCAGUGAUGCGUGGACACGAGUAUACUUGAAAAACAAAAAACGUCAACGAAUAAGCAAAAUCACAGCCCUUCGGAAGAGCUUCACUCUCGAGUUCAUGACAUAUUGAAAUACUACAACUACAAAAAAUGAAUAAUUAGAAAAUAAAUAUUAUGCAGAUGUUACACUUCCCGUCCGAGUCACAUCUUGUUGUUAAAGGUAUUUAUAGCAAAAGAAAACUUAUUGGUGCAAUAACUUGUAAAAAUUAUAAUGAGGUUGUAAAUGUUAUCAUCGUAAUCUACCUAUUAAUCGAUGAUGUCAAUUAAAUUUUUAGUUACAUACUCGAACAAACAACAAAAAUUAGAUAAUUUUUUUUUUUUUCUUUUACAUUAUAAAAAAGGAUUUAACUCAACUAAAGUUGUUUGGGAUUCCCUUUGGAUAGAUAGAUGGAAAAUUUGUGGAAUUCACUUAUUGUAAACGUGUCCUGCACUAUGUUAUGCAAUUAUUUGGAGAUUUUCGAAAAAAUUUCAAACGGCGUACACCGUACAGCAAGCAUUUCACGUCAAAACGAAACUUGAUAGUGUUUAAAUGUGUUCUAUGAAAAAUCAUCUUCCAAAGAUGAAUCAAAUUUUACUGAGUAAUAGUUUGAAUGAUUUUUAAUACCAAGGAUAAUUAAAUUUAUAAUAGCAGUAGUGUUUACAGUGUUGCAAUUAGUUUAGAUGUAUCAUAUCGUUGUAUCUUGUAUUGUUAUAAUCUUCAAGUGAUUUACGUAGUAACUGGUAUUUUAAAAAUUUAUUAAUUAUACAUUGGUAGUUUUUUAUGCAAUUUGUACUUUUCUAGGAAAAUUUUUUGAAAGUCAAAACAUUUGAAUUUGGAGUAUUCAAAAAAAUUUUUUUGAAAUAUUUCAAAAAUGCUUGUAGAAAUCGUUCUGACGUGAAAUGCUCAUCUUAUAUUGUAUACGUAUACUUUAAGGGUAUGAAAAAAAGGUCUAACAAACGAGUAAGCCAAGCACACAAUUGAAUACAAUUGUUCGAAUCAUCACCUGAUGCCCCAAAAGUGAAAAUUAAGAAAAAAAAGUAAAACGGAUUGAAAAAUUUCACGAUGUAUCUGUAAUGU